AUGUCCCCCGCUACCUCCGCCCCCGAGAUCCCAACUACGGCUCCCGCGAAAUGGCCUCAGCCGGAGAACUGGCCGGCGGCCAAAGUCCGUCAGACGUACAUUGACUACUUUGUCAACGCGCCGGGGUUCGAACACACCUUUUGGCCUAGUAGCGGAGUUAUCCCGUUCGAUGAUGAUACGCUGCUCUUUGCCAAUGCUGGUAUGAACCAGUACAAGUCGAUCUUCCUGGGGACCGCCGACCCAAAGUCGGACCUCAGCAAGCUCGUCCGAGCUGUCAACAGUCAAAAGUGUAUCCGAGCUGGAGGAAAGCACAACGACCUCGAUGACGUCGGGAAGGACACCUACCACCACACCUUUUUCGAAAUGCUGGGAAACUGGUCGUUUGGCAACUACUUCAAGUACGGCGCCCUCACGAUGGCCUGGGACCUGCUUACGCGCGUCUAUGGUUUGCCGAAGGACCGGCUGUAUGUGACCUACUUUGAGGGUGACGAGUCUCAGGGAUUGGAGCCGGACAGGGAGGCGCAACAACUCUGGCGGGAUCUUGGGGUCAAGGAGGAGCAUAUUCUUCCUGGAAACACCAAGGACAACUUUUGGGAGAUGGGCGCCAGCGGACCAUGCGGUCCAUGCAGCGAGAUCCACUUUGAUCGUAUCGGUGGCCGCUCCGUCCCCGAGCUGGUCAACGCCGACGACCCAAACGUCCUCGAGAUCUGGAACAACGUCUUCAUCCAAUACAACCGUGAACCUUCCGGCUCGCUCCGCCCCCUUCCCAACAAGCACGUCGACACCGGUAUGGGCUUCGAGCGGCUCGUCUCCGUCCUCCACAACGUCUCGUCCAACUACGAUACCGAUGUCUUCACGCCCAUCUUCGCCAAGAUCCAGGAGUUGACGGGCGCCCGGGACUAUACCGGCAAGCUCGGAGAUGAGGACAAAGAUGGCGUCGAUACUGCCUACCGAGUCAUUGCGGACCAUAUUCGAACCCUCACGAUCGCCAUCUCGGAUGGAGGUGUACCAGACAAGGACGGUCGGGGCUACGUUCUCAGGCGAAUCCUGCGUCGAGGUGUUCGGUAUGCGAGCAACAAGCUCAACGUCAAGAUUGGGACUUUCUUCUCAUCGCUUGUUCCUACCGUCGUCGAGUCUCUGAAACCCAUCUUCCCAGAAGUCGCCAAGAAGGUCCCUGCCCUCGUUGAGAUACUCAACGAGGAGGAAGCCUCGUUCGCCCGCACCCUCAACCGCGGAGAGGCUCUCUUCUCGAAGUACGCCGCUGCCGCAAAGGAGUCAGGCUCCUCGACCCUCGGUGGUAAAGACGUCUGGCGGUUGUACGACACGUACGGUUUCCCGGUCGAUCUCACCGAGAUCAUGGCGGAAGAGCGGGGCCUCAAGAUUGACAAGGUGGCUUUCGAGGCGGCUAGGUUGGAGAGUCUCGAGGCGAGUAAGGCGGGCGGAAAGGACAAGGCGGGCGCCGGUGUCAGGCUGGAUGUGCAUGAUUUGGGAGCUUUGGAGGCCAACGCGGAUGUGCCCAAGACGGAUGACUCGACCAAGUACCAGACGGACGAGAUCAAGGCGAACGUCAAGAGUAUCUACCACGGCUCCAAGUUCCUCUCGUCAACCUCCGAGGUGCCGACCGGCGAGGCAUUCGGAAUCAUCCUCGACAAGACCAACUUUUACGCCGAGCAGGGAGGGCAAGAGAACGAUACUGGUCUUUUGUCGAUCGGCGACAAGGCCGAGUUCAAGGUGGAGGAUGUGCAGGUGUUCAACGGCUAUGUGCUGCAUGUUGGGCGGAUGGAGGAGGGGGAGAUCAAGGUUGGAGAUGAGGUCCUCUCGACGUACGACGAGCUCCGUCGCUGGCCUAUCCGGAACAACCACACCGGUACCCACAUCCUCAACUUUGCGCUCCGCGAAGUGCUCGGAGACCACAUCGACCAAAAAGGCUCUCUCGUCGCCCCUUCCAAACUCCGCUUCGACUUCUCGCACAACAAAUCUGUCGUCCUCGACGACCUGAUGAAGAUUGAGCAGAUCUGUAACGACUGGAUCAAAAAGGCGGCUACAGUCUACGCCGAGGAGAUGCCGCUUGUCGAGGCGCAAAAGAUCCCGGGGCUGCGCGCUGUCUUUGGAGAGGCGUACCCGGACCCGGUGCGGGUGGUGUCUAUCGGCUUCCCGCUGGAGGAUAUCAGGAAGAACAUCAAUGACACCAAGUGGGCGUCGACGAGUAUCGAGUUCUGCGGUGGAACGCAUGUCCAGAAGACGGAUAGCAUCAAGGAUCUGGUCAUCACCGAAGAGAGCUCGAUCGCGAAGGGUAUCCGCCGAGUCGUCGCUGUCACCGGACACGAGGCGAACGAGAUCUCGCGCCAGGCCAACGAGGUUGAGCGGAGAUUGACCCGUAUCGAGGGUAUGGAGGGCAAGGAGAAGGAUGCUGCUAUGAAGCCGUUUUUGACUGAACUCGGCCAAAGCGGUAUCUCCCUCAUUCGCAAGCAACAGCUCAAGGCUAGAUUCGAGAAGAUGCAGAAGGAGUUCGCAGCUGUGCACAAGGCCAAGGCCACCGCGGAUCAGAAGAUGAUCCAGGACGAAGUCAAGCGUUACUUCUCCGAGAACCCCAACGAGAACGUCUACGUCGGUGUCUUUGGUGUCGGCGGCGAUGCCAAGAUCCUCGCUGCUGCCGCUACCGCCGCUAAGGCUCUCGGCAAGGCUUCCUACGUCUUCUCGCCAGAUGUCGAGGGUGGGAAGGUUGCACACGCCAACUUCCUGCCUAAAGACAUCAUGGAGAGGAAGGUGAUUGACGCGAAGACUUGGUUGGCGGAGGUCUCGAAGGUGCUUGGUGGCAAGGGCGGUGGGAAAGAUGACUCUGCAGUCGGUGUGGGGUCGGAAGUCGGUAAGAUCGAUGAGGCGGUCGCAGUUGCUAGGAAGGUGUUCAAGACCAAGGUCGAGGGCGCUUGA